AUGAGCGAAAUAUCAAGUUUGAUUAAGUUCCGUGGGCAGCUGAAGGCGUCCGUAACAAGAUUUUUAAAUUUUGUAACGAAAGAGAACGUAGACGUAAAUGAGGUACACGUAAGAAAAGAGAAAAUAGAAGGAAUCUGGAGCGAAUACGAGCGAAUCCAAUCUGCAAUAGAAGAGACGGAGGGCGUAGAGAUGAACGAACAAGAUAAAUAUCGAGAAGAGUUUGAAGAUAUGUUUUUUAAGGCAGUCGGAAUAGCCAAAAAAUUGACGGAACCAGUGGUCAAUAAAAAAGAAGCGCAACCAUAUCAUGGUAUUGAUGAAGAUAGAACGUGCGAACGGAAUGACCGGUCAAUAGAAAUGAUAAGCGAUAGUAAAAAUAAUGGUCGACAAAUAGCGCGUCCACCGAUAAGAUUAUCGGCGUUGAAUGUGCCAACGUUUUCGGGCGAAUAUAACGAGUGGGCAACAUUCCACGAUAUAUUUACAUCGUUAAUUCAUAAUAACGCGGAUUUAUCUCCAGUUGAAAAAUAUAGUAAUAAAAAAGUGCUGGUACAAACACAUGUAAAGUCAAUGUUUGAAUUAGAACCAGUCACAUCUGAAUCGUCGGCAAGAUUGCGACAGUUUACGGAUGCAUUAACCAGUCAUAUGAGCGCACUGGAAACACUAGGUCACAUGCCUAGCAAUUGGGGACCUUUACUAGUGCAUUUAAUUGUAACAAAAUUAGAUAAAAAUAGUAGGCGUGAGUGGGAGACAAAUGCACCUAAAGAAGAAGUAGCACCGGUCGAAGUAAUAAUUGAAUUUUUAGAAGCACGAUUUAAAAUAUUAGAAGCAAUCGAGACGUGCAAAAAUAUAAAUAAUCGACAGGGUGCGUACAAAUUUAAUAAUCAUAAUAAACAAUUUAAUGAAAGGUCGUCGUCACUAGUUAUAGGAAAUAAUAAAGGUUGUUAUAUUUGUCAAGCGCCACAUACCAUUUAUAAAUGUCCGAUAUUUAUCGCGUUACCGGUUACAGAAAGAAAAAAAAAAGUAGCCGAAAUGAAAUUAUGUAAAUUGUGUUUACGACAGCACGCACCGAAAAAGUGUAAUGGUAAGAAUUGUUUUACUUGUUCGAAGCCUCAUAACACCAUGCUACAUUUAAGUAAUAAUUCAGAGUUAAGAAAGUCGGAAGCAGAAAAACCGUCUGAAGAUCAAGAAGCAGCAUCAGCUAUCAGUGUACACGUAGCCGCUAACUCGAGCGACCAGGUAUUAUUGUCAACAGCGGAGGUGUGGGUUCAAAAUGAAAGUGGCGAAUCGCAAAUCGGGCGUGUAUUGUUAGAUUCAGGUUCACAGUGCAAUUUUAUAACCGAAAGUAUGGCACAAAUAUUAAAAUUAAAAAAGACGCGCGUACAACAUACCGUAUUGGGCAUUGGCGGGAAAAGUCAAUACGUGAAGGCGGCUGUUGUAGUGACGAUUCGCUCACGCAUUAAUAAUUAUAGUUUAACGUGUUCCUGUUUAGUUGUGCCUAAAAUUACAAAUGCUUUACCAUCAGUAAAUAUUGGAGGGGUAUGCAUAGUACCCUCUAAUAUAGAAUUAGCGGAUACUUCAUUUAAAAUUCCAAAAAAAAUUGAUUUGUUAUUAGGCGCGUGUCACUUUUUUGAAAUAUUAUGCAAACAAAAGAUUAAACCGACAAUAAAUGGACCAAUAUUUCAGGAAACUCAAUUGGGCUGGGUUGUUUCCGGUUUAGUAACUUCGAAAUGUACGGAUAACAAACCUAAUAAUAUAAAUUGUCAUACCGAGACGUUAGUAGAUGAAGACAGAAGUGCUAGGUUGGAAAUUAUGGUAUCAAAAUUUUGGCGUACUGAAGAGUUUGAGGCGGCAGUGCCAUAUACUAAGGAAGAGAAAAAAUGUGUUGAUCACUUCGAAAGUACGGUAAAUCGAAAGGAAAACGGUAGAUUUAUCGUACAUUUACCUUUAAAAAAUGACGCGAAUAUAAAAAUUGGACCGUCAUACGAAAUCGCGAAACGUCGAUUUUUAGCAUUAGAGCGCCGUUUGCAACAUGACGUAAAAUUAAAACAAGAUUAUACUACGUUUAUGAGUGAAUAUGAAACGUUAGGUCAUAUGGAGCUCGUAAAAAAUGAAGAAAAGUUUGGUGAAACGUGUUAUUUGCCGCACCAUGCGGUAAAAAAUGAGAACAGUAAAACAACGAAGUUGCGGGUAGUGUUCGACGCGUCCUGUAAAACGGAAUCCGGAUAUAGUUUAAACGAUACACUAUUGAAAGGGCCGGUUAUACAGGACGAACUGUUAUAUAUAAUAUCAAGAUUUAGAACGCAUAAAUUUGUAUUAACGGCAGAUAUACAAAAGAUGUACCGCCAAGUAUUAGUGACGAAGCAAGAUAGCGAGAAACAACGAAUUUUAUGGCGCGCGGACCCCUCACUGCCAAUACAAAUUUAUCGUUUAACUACACUUACUUAUGGAACAGUACCGGCAUCAUUUUUGGCAACAGCAUGUUUAAGGAAAAUAUCUGAACAAGAAACGUCAUAUUUAAAAGCUUGCGAGGCGAUUAGAAAUGAUUUUUAUAUGGACGAUUUCCUAAGUGGCGCGGAAACGAUAGAAGAAGCAAUAAAGUUACGUGACGAAGUAAUUUUAAUAAUGAAAAAGGCGGGAAUGACUUUAAGAAAGUGGUCAUCAAAUGAACCAAGUAUAGUUAGUUGUAUGUCAGAUAAAGAAAACUCGAACGGGUGUAUUUUUGAAGAAGAAUCAAUAACGAAGAUACUCGGGCUGUAUUGGAACGCUAAUGGUGACGUAUUACAAUACAAGGUAAAAGAAUAUAACGAAAAUACUACAAUAAGUAAAAGGCAUAUUUUAGCGGAGACUGCCGCGAUAUUCGACCCGAUGGGACUGGUCGGUCCAAUUAUAGUACAAGCAAAAUUAAUAAUACAGAGUUUAUGGCAAAUUCGUAUUGGUUGGGACGAUCCAUUACCAGAUCACAUACGUAUAGAAUGGGUCAAAUAUAGAAAAAGUUUAUCGAUGUUAAACAAGCUGACUAUACCACGUAAUAUCGGGGGUAGUCAAAAUUUAACAAAUAUACAAAUACACGGAUUCGCGGACGCGAGUAUCAAAUGUUACGGAGCGUGUAUAUUUUUACGUAGUACCAAUGAACAAGGAGAGCACACAGCCAAAUUAAUAUGUGCAAAAUCAAAAGUCGCCCCACUUAAAGUUAUAUCAUUACCGAGGUUAGAACUAUGUGCAGCACUUUUAUUGGCGCGUUUAGUGAGCCGUAUUGUUCCGAAAUUAAAAUUAAAUAUCGCGAAAAAAUAUUUUUGGUCCGAUUCAAAAAUAGCACUAUCAUGGAUAGCAUCGCCAUCGACAAAAUGGAAGACAUUUGUGGCACACCGUAUCGGCGAGAUACAGGAGCUAUCGAACAUAACAGAUUGGUCAUAUGUUAAGUCAUCGGAGAACCCGGCCGAUAUAAUAUCGCGCGGAUGCGACGCAGAGCAAAUAUCAGGUAUGAAUUUGUGGUGGGACGGACCGGAAUGGUUAAAAAACAACACCGAGGACUGGCCGGUGACAGGAAAAACCAGCCAAAAUGAUAACAUAGAAAUGCUACCGGAAUCGAAAACAAUACGAAAUAUAGCUCUUGUGGCGACCGGCGAAUUUAUAUUAUUCGAAAGAUAUUCGUCGUUAAAUAAAAUAUUACGUAUUGCGGCGUAUUGGUUACGAUUCAGAGACUUUUUAGUAAAAAAAUCUAGUGCAUCAGUCGGACCACUGAAACCAGAAGACUUAGAACGCGCAAAUAUUGACGAUAAAGGCAUAUUGAGAGUUGGAGGUCGAUUAAAAAAUGCAAGUACGAUAGAGGUAUUCCAACGACAGCCUAUUAUUUUACCAGGUGACAGUAUUUACACGAAAUUAUUAUUUCAGCGUGAACACUUAAGGUGUAUGCACGGGGGCCCAUUGGCGAUAUUAGCCUUAGUGCGAUUGUACUAUUGGCCGUUGAAAGCACGAAAUAUCGCUCGGGCGACGGUUCAUAAAUGUGUUACGUGUUUCAAGCAAAAACCGGUGUUCGUUGAACCCAUAAUGGGUGAUUUACCUCGUGAACGCAUAGAACCAUCGCGUCCCUUUAAAGUCAGCGGUAUUGAUUUCGCGGGACCGUUGUUAAUUAAAGACAGCUUAAAAAAGCGAGCAUCACUGACAAAAGGUUACGUGUGUAUUUUCGUGUGUUUUGCGACCAAAGCUAUUCACAUAGAGUUAGUAAUCGAUCUCAGCACAAAAUCAUUCUUAAAUGCUUUAAAUAGAUUUUUUGAUAGAAGAGCAAAUGAUGGAGUAGAAUGGCGAUUCAUUCCCCCGCGUUCACCACACUUUGGGGGUCUGUGGGAAGCCGCAGUAAAGUCGAUGAAAAAUCUGAUCGGUAAAGUGCUAGGCGAGUCGCAUCUAACGUACGAAGAAUUAAAUACUAUACUCACCCGGGUAGAAGCAUGCCUUAACUCCCGUCCUUUAACUGAAAUGUCAUCCGAUCCUUCCGACCUAACAUAUCUUACUCCUGCCCAUUUCCUAAUUGGAGAAUCUCUGAUGGCCGUACCGGAAAGAGAUGAAAGUACAAUGCCGGCGAAUCGAUUAGACCGGUGGCGUCGUAUUCGACAAUACUCUCAAAUUUUGUGGAAAAGAUGGAGCCACGAAUAUUUAAAUCAAUUGCAAGUAAGAAAAAAAUGGUCAGUGGAGAGGGGCCCUACUUUAGGUGUCGGGACGAUCGUUUUGAUACGUGAUGAAAAUCUUAAGCCACUAAAUUGGAAAUUAGGACGGGUAUUGUCGAUCCAUCACGGAGAGGACGGAGUAACUCGUACGGCGUUGGUGAAAACUAUGACGGGCGAGUACAACCGGGCGGUACGAAAUUUGUGUCCACUUCCGUUUAAUGAUAAUAUUGGUUGA